UUCAAUUCUCAAUUUUUCUUUUUUUUUAUUUGUUUGUGAAAGAUCCUGUUAGUAAUUUCGGUUUAUGUCAAUUUUGGCGCUCUCUGUGGACAAAACAGUACAUCUUAUUUCACUGCUGAUUUUUUCCUGUACAUGUAUAAAAAUUGUUUUUAACAAAAAAUCUCAUGCUACUUUCUUCAAACAGUCAAACGUAUCACUGAUUGUGAAUAUUUUCCAUGGAAAUUCCUUUGCAGCGAGCUGUAAAUCACCUGGUACACCUACCCCGCUGCAAUAGUUACAGGCGUUCAAAAGACCAAGUAUAGAAACAAUCAGAGUUGUUUUCUUUUGUAGGUCAUAUAAGGACAUCCGUUUUCAUUUCAGUCUGUUUCAUGACGUAGACAGCAAUACGGGAAUAUGGGAUCACUUUUAUCUUAAUUACCCCCCAGCCUCUUCCGCCUGGUCCCAACCGGAAACACAAGGCAGACAGCCGCCAGACAAACAUGGCCAUGUUAUCGUAGCAGCAGGUUCAAAGAUCUACAUCCAUGGGGGCAUGGCCGGGGACAAAUUCCACAAUGACGUGUUCUCUCUCGAUACAAAGAUCAUGAAGUGGGAGAAGGUGCAAGUCAAAGGAGAUAUCCCACCAGGAGUAGCAGCCCACUCAGCUGUGGCUUUGGGAAAGAACAUCUAUAUCUUUGGGGGAAUGACAGCAGAAGGAGCGACCAACUCCAUGUAUAGAUUCAACACUGACAAAAGCAGAUGGGUCCUUAUGAAGUUUGAAGGGGAUAUGCCCCCCAACCGCCUGGACCACUCCAUGUGUUUAUUGCCCUGGACGGUGCAUGCUGAGGGGAAUGGAGAUAAGGAGCAGGCCGACUGCCCAACAGCCUCAGAGACAAUACAUUUGGCCUUUGUAUUUGGAGGGAUGGAUACCCAGGGUGUCAUUCAUAAUGACUGUGUUGUGACUGUGGUUUCAUGAUGAUGUAAUACUCACUAAAGUUUAAAGAAAUUGUUUUUAAGAACUCUUCUGUCUUGAUUAAAUCAACAAACCCAAGAUACAUUUUUUAAUUCUAUGAAUACUGAAAUGGCGGGUUUCCAAGUUUGGAGCUCUUGAGAAUUCAUCUUAGUGCUACAAAAGGCUGAAAUAUUGAUUGUGACCAGGUACACUAUGAAAUGACAGACACCAGAUUUGGAUUUUUUUAUCAAACAUUUAUUUCAAUGUCUUUCCAGAAGUACAACGACCAGAUUCAAUAAAUAACUUUUAGCCUUGACUGUGGACAUAAUGAGUCCUUGAUCCCACAGACUUCCAACUCAAAUGACCCACUAACACCUGCCCCAACCCACCCACUAAGUCCCUCCCCACAACAUCACCCCAACAGGACUGCCUGAGAACAGCAGCAGCAAGCCUCAUAUCCAGGCUGACGAAUAUCUCCGCCUUCCAGCGAAGAGAACACCUCUCACACACUGAAACUUGUUUGUUUUUUUUAAAGUCUUUCAGAGGAUUUAGUAGGGUUGCUUGUUAUGGCCACCCCUUCCCAACCGUUCCUCUCACGAUUUGAGUCUCAUCAGUUCAUUAUGUACAUCUAAGUGCCACUAACAGAGAGGCAAGGGGCGACAAAACAGUUGAUGGCAAACUUGCCUACAACUCAUCCUUCUCGUCUUGCUCGGCUUCUGCGCCCUCUGGUGGUGGUCCUCCUGCACUGCCGUAAAGCUUGCUGAUAAUUGGUUGUACCACUUCCUCAAGCUCCUUCUUCUUAGCCUGGAAGUCUUCCAGCUCAGCCUCCUGGUGUGACUCCAUCCACUCAAUCUUCUCCUCUACUGCCUUCUCAAUGAUUUCUUUGUCCUCAUCC